GUGAACUUCCACAAUGCCAGUUUCAAGUCAACUGUAGAGAAAUGAGGCGUUGAAGCCUCCUUAAACUGGAUUACUAUUGUAUCACUUAUCAUGUUUCCUUACCUGUCAGAUUAGUUUUGGAUUAUCAAAAGGAUUACAUCGGAUCCUUCCAAACUCUGACCCACAAUGUCUUACGAUUCCAAUGAGAUGGAGGAGAGAUCAGAGGAAACAGAUGCUGAGUUUGUGGACAGAUUCAGGGCCAAGCUGAUUCAAAAGGUUACCAUGGUAAUGGCCAUAGCAGAUGACCUGUUCCAGAGGGGUAUGAUGCAUAGAGAGAUGUAUGAUACAACCAGAGACACCAAGCCCAGUCAGAACCAGAUGAGGGAGCUGUACAAAUUCUUAGACUCUGGGGGAGUUAAAGUCAAAUCAGCCUUCUACAGAAUCCUGCAGGAGAAAGAGCCUUAUUUACUCCAGGAACUGGGUGGAUGGACUAGGAGCCCUGGGGAGAGGAAAGAUGCCAUCACACAGAAAGUUAAAGAGAAACUUAAAACCAGUCUAAAGAAGACGUUUUGUUUCCUGUGUGAAGGCACUGCAGAUGAAAAAACUAGCCUUGACAGCAUUUACACCCAGCUCUACAUCACCCAGGGAGAGAGUGAAGGGGUUAAUACAGAACAUGAGGUUAGACAGAUUGAAUAUAAAUCCAUGAAAAGAAACACAUCAGACACUCCAAUUAACUUUAAUGACAUCUUUAAACCCUCACCUGGAGAGGAGAGUGAAGAGGAGAGAACCAUCAGAACCGUCAUGACAAAGGGCAUCGCUGGAAUCGGAAAAACAGUCACAGUGCAGAAGUUCAUCCUGGACUGGACAGAGGGGAGAGCCAAUCAGGAUUUGGAUUUCAUUUUUGUGCUUCCUUUCAGAGAACUGAAUUUGGUUCAUAAACUCCAAUACAGUCUUCAAGGACUUCUGAAUUACUUCCACCCUGAACUUGGAGAAAUAAAGGAUGCACAGAAAUAUGCUGACUGUAAAGUAAUGUUCAUCUUUGAUGGUCUGGAUGAAAGCAGAUUACCAUUAGAUUUUAAUCACAACUUGAUGCUGAGUGAUCUUAAUGAGACAUCAUCAGUUGACAGGUUGAUGACAAAUCUCAUUAGUGGCAAACUGAUCCCCAAAGCUCUCAUAUGGAUAACCUCCAGACCAGCAGCAGCCAAUCAGAUCCCUCGUAAGUACAUCAGCAAGGUGACAGAAGUACGAGGGUUCAGUGACAAACAGAAAGAACAGUACUUUUGGAAGAAUAUCCAGGAUGAGAACCGGGCCAGGAGAAUCAUCUCACACAUUAAAACAUCAAGAAGCCUCCACAUCAUGUGUCACAUACCAGUCUUCUGUUGGAUUACUGCCAGGGUUCUUCAGCACAUGAUGACUGAAGGAAAGAGUGGAGAUAUCACAACUCUGACUGAGAUGUACACUCACCUCACACUCAUUCUGACAAAUCUGAAAAGCACAAAGUAUGAUGGCAAAAUUGAGGAUGAUUUGGUCACAAUCACAGAAAGAAAUAAAGACAUAAUUAUCAAACUGGCACAGCUGGCAUUUAAACAGCUGAUGAAGGGAAACGUCAUUUUCUAUGAGAAAGACCUGGAAGAAUGUGGUAUUGAUUUCAGUGAAGCCUCGGUGUACUCUGGGUUUUGCACAGAAAUCCUGAAAGAAGAGUUUGGGUUGUAUAAGAAGAAGGUGUACUGCUUUGUUCACCUGAGCUUCCAGGAGUUCCUUGCUGCUCUUUAUGUGUUCCACUGCUGUGUGACCAAGAACAUCAAGGACCUGAAGUAUUUAAUUAAAUAUGUGUCUUCAGAACUGCCCUUUCAUCAGCUGCUGAAGAGGAUAGUGGAUAAAACAUUAGAGAGUGAGAAUGGACACCUGGACCUGUUCCUCCGCUUCCUAGUUGGCAUCACACUGGAGUCCAACCAGAGACUGUUACAAGGAAUACUGCCACAGACAGAGAUCAGCUCAGAGACUGUUGAUGAAAUAAAGAAAUACCUCAGGGAGCCGAAUGUAGAGCAAGUCUCACCUGACAGCUACAUCAAUCUACUAACCUGUUUGACUGAGAUGAAAGAUGAUUCAGUACAUGAGGACAUUGACAAGUUCCUGAAGUCAAAAAACCAAACAGGACUCUCAGAUACACACUUCUCAGCAUUGGCCAACGCACUGCUGAUGUCAAAGGGUGUGCUGGAUGAGAUUGACUUAAGGACAUACAACUUGUUACCUGGAUUUAUAAGUCUGUUCCCAGCUGUCAGGAAAUACAGAAAGGCAAUACUGGUUGGCUAUCAGUUAUUUAAAGAGGAAUAUGAAUCAGUGGCCUCCAUUCUCCAAUCAGAAGAUUCACAUCUGAGAGAACUGCACCUGAAAGACAGCGUUUUUGCUUAUAAUUUCAAAUUUGAGGAUGAUGUUGUGGAUGAUUAUGAUGAAGACAUCAGUCUGACUGUUCUCUGUGCUGCUCUGAAACAUUCACACUGUAAACUGGAGACACUGAGACUGGGUAACUUCAGACUCUCUGAGGUCGACUGUAGAUCACUGGCAUCUGUUCUUCAAUCAGAAAACUCACCUCUGAGAGAACUGGACCUGAGGAACUGGAUGCUGUCUGAUGAUAGGAGUGAACUCUUUACAGCUCUGAAAAAUACACACUGUAAACUACAGUGUCUGAGGCUGAAUAGGUGUUAUCUGACAGAGAGAUGUUGUGAAACAUUGGCCUCAGCUCUCAGUUCAAACUCCUCUCACCUGAAAGAGUUGGAUCUGAGUAACAAUGACCUGCUGGACUCUGGGGUGAUGCUGCUCUCUGUGGGACUGAGACAUCAUUACUGUAAAGUGGAAAAACUAAGGCUGUCAUUCUGUAGAGUCACAGAGGAAGGCUGUGCUUCUCUGGCUUCAGCUCUGUGGUCAAAUCCCUCCCACCUGAGAGAACUGGACCUGAGCUUCAAUCACCCAGGAGACUCUGGAGUGAGGAUGCUCUCUGGUAGACUGGAGGAUCCUGACUGUAGACUGGAGAAACUGAAUGUGGACCAUAAUGAAGAGAUCUGGGUGAACCCAAAGCUGAUGAAGGAAUAUUACUGUCAUCUCACUCUGGACCCAAACACAGCAAACAGAAAACUCUUCCUGUCUGAGGGGAACCGAAGAGUGGAGAAGGUGAAAGAGGAGCAGCCGUAUCCUGAUCACCCAGACAGAUUUGACUAUAUGAUCUAUAUGUUGUGUAGAGAGGGUCUGACCGGACGCCGUUACUGGGAGGUGGAGAGGAGUAGGAUACAAAUGGCAGUGACAUAUAAAGACAUCAGGAGAAAAGGAAAAAGUGAUGCCUGUGCGUUUGGAUUCAAUGACAAGUCCUGGAGCCUGGUGAUCAACAAGGGUUUUUACAUCACCUCCCACAAUAGGGAACUAACUUGUAUACCUGCUCCUCACCUCAUCCAUCCUCCUCAACCCCAGAGACACCUGACCUCCUCUCCUCCAAUCAGAGUAGGAGUGUUUCUGGACUGGUCGGCCGGCACCCUGUCCUUCUAUGAGGUCCACUCUGACACAAUGACCCACCUGUACACAUUCCACACCACAUUCACUGAGCCCCUCUACCCAGGGUUUGGGGUUUGGGGGGAUGGUUGUUCAGUGGGCCUGUGUCAGGUAGGAACUCUAUGGUCUCCAUGGUAACAGUCACAGUGUUCUAACCAACCAGGUGACAUGAUGGGUGUUUUUAACAGUUUCUUGUAGAGUAUUUUUAACUUUUUUCAGUGAUUUUUGCCGGACUGUGUAAGCGGAGCGGCCAAGAAGAGCGAAUGUCUCUUACAGAGUGAGUGGGUGACUGACUACGCAUUGAUAAAUAAUGUAGUGGUUAGAGACGCGUACCGCCCCAUAGAUGACCGCCGUUCAGUCCUGGCCGAAAAAACUCAUCCGGCAUUAGGAUUUGUUCAGGAUACAUGCUUCAGUAGCUACGUUAUAGUAAGCCUAAAAUACAACUUUACGGUUAUAUUGGGAUGGACGAACUGAACCGACAAGGACCAUUUCGAUUUACAUAGCGUAGGUCUCAUAGCGUAGUGGUUGGCUAGCUGUCACUGUUUUCUAAGGAAACAAACAAACCAUGGAGUGAUUGGUGUUAUUGUUUUAAUUAUAGGUACAGCACUGUACAGCCAGACUAAUGCUUCGCUGGCUAUUAGCUUCAAGAGCUACAUUAUAGUCAGCUUAACAUUUUAAAAAUGAUGGUUAUAUUGUGAUGGACGAACUGCACUGGCAAUGAACGGAUUUACAUAGCGUACUUCACGUAGCGUAGUGGAACCAGCCAUGGAGUGAUUGGAGCCAUUGUUUUAAUUCUAGGUACUGUAUAGCUAUUAGCUAACCAUCUACAGUAAACAUGUUCUAAUUUGAAUGUAGAAUAGCGACCCUGUUAUUUGGUUUGGAUGUUAGCUAAUGUAGGGAAGUUGUUUCAAUGUCCGUGGAGUUUCGACUAAUUGGUUUAACAAUGCCGAAGUAUAAAGACAACACUGCACAACACCCGCUGUUUAUAGACACUGUGUGUAACAUAAACCGCGUAUUGAAUCCAGCCAGUGACAACAACAUUUAUUUCUUCUAAUCACAGGCGGGCAGAACUAGGUUUUCCUGGUUCCUUUUGUUGUUUUGAUUGAUCUAAUGUCAGGAUUGUAAUGUUUUUAUAUUUUCAUUUCUCUUUCUGAGUCACUGUCUCUUUUUAUGGAUGAACACAUUGUUUUUAUGGAUAAUAAAAUAAUUCUGAUGACUUUUUCUUUGAACAAUUUUAAAAUAUUUUUUGAGGGCAAGAUCCAGCUGAUAAACAAUAAUUAUAGUCUUUCACAGCCUUUUGUUGGAGCUUCGUAUUCACAAGCUCCAACCAACAAACAGCCGUCUCUCAAAUGCUUUUAGCAUGUAGGAGUGAUGUCACUAUCUUUAGUCUUGACAGAUUGAGGGUCAGGGACUGUAGCACACUAUUCCUAUAGCACACUAUUCCUGUAGCACACUAUUCCUGUAGCACACUAUUCCUAUAGCACACUAUUCCUAUAGCACACUAUUCCUGUAGCACACUAUUCCUGUAGCACACUAUUCCUAUUGCACAUUAUUCCUAUAGCACACCACUGCUUUAAGGGUCAGGAUGGGGGCACUACUUAGUGAAUAGUGUGCCAUUUGGGACUGAGUUUGGAUGAGAAGUAACAUCUAAUGUCUGCCUCAGUGUCACUAGUUUAUGUCAUGUCUUUCUAAUGACACCUGGCUGUUGUUUAACGCCAAACCCACACGCAAAAUAAAUAUAAUGGAAUAUAUUUUGACAAAAUGAAUGUGCGUGUAUUUUUACAAAAGGUAUCCGUGUGUAUGUAUUUAAAUGACGUCUAAAUAUGUAGUUAUAUGUACAACCCCGUUUCCAAAAAUGUUGGGACGCUGCGUAAAAUGCAAAUUAAA